CCCGUUUCCGGUGAGUGGUGUGCUCCGUGUUUAAUUUAUUUGCAAUUUUUAACCAAAAUAUCCCUUAAUUUAUUGCAGUGAGGAGUAAAUACGAGAAUACAAACGGCAAAAUGUCGCUCGUCAUCCCAGAGAAGUUCCAGCACAUCCUGCGUAUCAUGAAUACGAACAUCGACGGCAAGCGCAAGGUGGGCAUCGCCAUGACCGCCAUCAAGGGAGUGGGUCGCCGCUACUCCAACAUUGUGCUGAAGAAGGCCGAUGUCGAUCUUACCAAGCGCGCCGGUGAAUGCACCGAGGAGGAGGUCGACAAGGUGGUCACCAUCAUCUCCAACCCCCUGCAGUACAAGGUUCCCAACUGGUUCCUCAACAGGCAGAAGGACAUCAUCGACGGCAAGUACUGGCAGCUGACCUCCUCCAACUUGGACUCCAAGCUGCGUGACGAUCUGGAGCGUCUGAAGAAGAUCCGCUCCCACCGUGGUCUGCGUCACUACUGGGGCCUCCGUGUCCGUGGCCAGCACACCAAGACCACCGGUCGUCGCGGUCGCACCGUGGGUGUGUCCAAGAAGAAGUAAGCUGCUACGUUCCCUGCUGGAUUUCCGAAUCUAUUUUAAUUUUCACAUCAACCACAAAAUAAAAGAAAACACGGAAGCCGGAACGUUUUAGUGCGGAGUAUA